CAUGAAAACCAAUCAUCUACAGUCUUCGAAAGAUAAUCUGUGUAGUUCGGGGAAGUGAAGGAUCGAAUAGCUACAUAAGAACGUAUAUUAUAUCAAUUUACAUAAGGGUUAUGGUAACAUUAAUAUAUCGAAUAUUUUAACUCACAGUAAAAAUUUCAAUUCACACUUGCUUGACGAAAUGGGGCAUUGUUAUCAAAUUUCAAUUCAGCAGGGGUAAAAUACGGCAUAUAAAUAGUCUGUUGUGAUUCUCAUAGUCAUAAGCUGAUUGUAUCUUCAACAGUACCACAAAAAGUGAUAAAAUGAACCCAAUGAUUUUUGUAGGACUUUUGGUGGCCCUAUGCGCCUCUGUAAACGCUGGAAUAUUAGCCGGGGGUUAUUCUAGUUCCACCUUAGGGGGUUACAGCACAGGUGUGAUUUCAAGUGGGCCUUUAGUUCAUUCAGCUCCAGUAGCAACAAGCAGCAUAACACAACAAAGAAUCGUCAACAGCGUUCCGAUAGUAACAAGAGUUGUCGCUUCCCCUGGAUUAACAUCAGCUUCAUACGUCAAUGGAGGAAACCUAGGUAACAUCGGCUAUGGUUCUUCUAAUGGUGGUUCUCUAAACGGUUAUGGAGGAUAUGGAAGAAACGGUUAUUGAAUUUUCUGAAACUGUUGCGGGAAUAGUUCACAAAUCUCAUUUUAACUUCAUGUUCUGACUAAAGCUUGAUUUGUAUAUAC